AGGGAACCUAUAAAGUUCAAAGAAAGUAUAAGAAAUAGAAAGAAAAAUGAGAAACAAAUUUCGAAAAAAACUUUAGAAACCGGGUGUUUACAAUGUGCCAAUUAUGUACAUCGGCACUGUUGUAACAAAUAAUUCAUUUACGUUACAGACAAUAAACAGUGUUCAUAUGAACAAAGUUCCUGUUUGCCUAGAAAUAUUUGUUUAUUCAUAUAUAUAUAGAAUGUCUCCUAAAAGGUGUCAAAUUCUCUUUUUUGAGGUAAAAUAUACUGUAGUUUAGAGAGGUGUAGGUCGUGAUAAAAUGAAAAUUUCUAUGACAAAAAUAAAAUUGACUGAUUGCCUUCUACAGAGGUCCAGCCUGUCCAUAGAGCAACGGACAAACACAUGUCAAAACAUAAAUUUACAAAUGGGGCAUCCUGCUUUCAGAGGAAAACUUUUGAUAGAAACGUUGGGAUAUAUCUUGUUCUUCAGAGAACAGUCUUAGAUAAAAGCUUGCCAGGGUAUGAACUGCCAAGAAGUGGAUGAUGCUCCUCUCCAGAAGACGGACCGAUGGAAGCUUGCAACAAUCAUAAAUGUGACAAGAGAAUCAUACUUUUUGUCAGAAGAUAAACUUUAGUAAAAAACCUGACAAAUACAUGAACUGACAAGGUAUCCUGUAAACUUUCCAGAGAACAGAGUAAUAAAAACAUGAAUCGAUAACUGUAUCGUCCUAUUCUUCAGAGGGUCAGACUUUAAAGAAGUCUUGUCAGAAAACAUGAACCAACAAGGGAAUUAUUCUGUUCUCCAGAAGAUAAAAGUUGACAAAACUUUGCCAAAAGAAAAAUUAUUUGUUGUCAAGGGAUCGAAAUGUCACAGAAGACAGCCUUUUACCCAACCUGGAGGCGCCAAAACGAAAAUUGAAAGAUACAAAAAAUUGAAUGGUUGCAUUCUUGAGAGGUAACAGCAGAUCUUUCAUUAAUUUUGGAACCUAUAAACAUUUGAAGCUUAGGUAUCUUUUGCAAACAAGGCAUAUAUUUUUAAUAGACAUUGUUAUGUAAUCAUUUAUAUCAAGUUUUUUUCCAACCCACCAGAAGUAUUGUGGCCUGAUAAGCUAAUCACUAACCUCAACCCGCGAUACUUCAAAUCCCUUGUGCAUUUAAUUCCGUCAGAUUUAAUUUAAAAUCUGAUAGAUCCACAUGGAAGAUGACAUGGCUUCAAUCCGCAUUUAAACUGGAGAGCGUGCCUCAGGAUGUGGUGACCCAAAGUUUGCGAUCGGUGCUGGACAUUGUUCGAUGUGCCAUUUGCUUGGACACUGUCAGACCGGAGAUCGUCCAAUGUAUCAAGGGACACCUCUUGUGUGGAGAGUGCAGACAAGACUUGGAAAUCUGCCCCACCUGCAGACAACCCUUCAAUGGUGUCAAAACCCACCCACUCCUGUUUCAGUUAUUGGACGCACUACCUCAGCAGUGUCGGUAUGACGACUGCAGGAUAUAUGUGGAAGAUGGUGAUUGCCACGAGGUUUGGUGCGGUUUUCAACCGACCCAGUGUCGGAUAUCGGACUGUGAUUGGGUCGGGCCAAGCCAUCAAAUCUAUUCUCAUAUUCAUAAAGACCACCCGAACGAGAUCAUUUUGAACGAGAGCAAUCCAAAAAUGAAAUUACGCUACUCUGGUCGUAUUUCACCACAGAUUGAAGAAUGCUUUUAUCCUAUAAUGGCAUUUGGGCAAUUCUUUUGGAUGGAGACGAAUAGUAACGAUACAGCGUCUACGAUCUCGUUCCAUAUAGUGCCCAACGGCAAACCGCACGAGGACUACUUCUUUGAACUGCAGUUUAAGUCUACAAAUCAUUCUUUACAGUCAAAAGUCAAGUUUCAUUUAGAAUGUCAAGAGAUGAACUUUGUUUACUUGCCAAAUGCUUGCCUGAGAUAUCAUUUUAGUAUUAAUGGGUUCAUUUGCAAUUUGUAUGUUACUAAAAGUUAGUAUUUGUAAAUCAAAUAUACUGUGUUAUCACUAUUA